AUGACGUCAAAUAAUGCAGACGAUCCGUGGGACUGGGGCGUCGACAGACUCUUCCAGGAGCUUUACACAUGGCCUAAUCCCGAUGGCUUCUUGAAACCUGAUCCGGUCGCGCUACAAAAUACCUUAAAAGAGCAGAAUGUCACAGGAGCAGUGUUUUUAAUGUCCAUCGACAAGGCAGCAGUGAGGAAAGACCUUGCAGUGCAGGGCCUCAACCAGCGUACAUUCGUGCUUGCCGCGAUUUCCUAUUUCAAACUCAAAAGCAAAAAAUGGCUUGCGAUGAAUCCGCAUGUUCAGCCCGCCAGAAGUUUCCCUCCGUCCAACAGCCUCGGUGGCUUCCAAGGCAGUUCUACCGAUGCGGCUGCGUCAGUGGUCGAUCUUGCACAUCGACAGCUUCUCGCAGAAGCUGCCGUUGGUGCAAAGGCGUUUGGUACCCCAAUACGUACUCCCUCAGACGACCUUUUUGUCAAUAAGGAGCAGCCCGACUUCGAGGAAUCCACAGCGAAGAGACGCAAGCUUGAUGUCGCUGACCCAAGUGCCGAGCAAGCUCCGCAAUUUGAAGAUGAUGACCAGGGCUCCAAGUUUUCCAUUUAUACUUCGCAAGGGCCAAUCAUCAACGAUCCUGCUAUCAAUCCUGGUGUCGACCAAUCCACCCCAAAGGCCGAACAGAACCAAGUCGCAGGUUCCAACCUUCCAGACUCUCCUGUCAAACCCAAAAGGAGACUCAAUCUGGCAGAAUUGACCACCGAGCCCCUCCCGGAGAACGUUGUUAGAAAUCGCCAUGAUCCAAGUGCCGCUGACUUCGUCGCUCAUCUACUUGGGCCGACGCCAUUGGAAGGCUUUCUUUCUAUCUAUGACCAGAUCGGGGGUGAAGAGACCGCCUUGGAAGGCAUUCUUCCUGCUUAUCAUCAGAUCGGAAAUCAACAGGUCGACGACGCACAAAGGAGAUUGGCGCCGAUUAUCAUCGAUACCGACAUCGACGAGUAUCGGAACAAGGAAGUAGCAGCCUACUAUAGCUGCUUUCAACGUGAUCGUGUUAACCAAGUCGCUGAAGACAACUUGGCUCAUGAUUCCGAUGCUGAUGCCGCUAUGCAGCUUCAUCUCGAAAAUUCCUCUCAGCCUACCGACAGUCAAUCACACGUCGAAGGUAUAUCUGUCAACGCUUAUACUACCAAGUCAAAUCGAUCUCGGGAUUCUCUGCAACGAGUAGUUGCGUAUCUUGGUAAGGGCAAGCUGCCUGUUGACGAUGUCUUCUACGAAGGUAUCAAGUUUGGCCAAGAGCUUAACGUAGAGGACAUGACCAAAGAUGACUAUGAAAUAUCAUUGCACAUGGGAAGUGCCAAACCCCCGGGUCUUGUCAGAUAUGUCAACAAGCUUAUGCGAAAUUUCCUUCUUAGCAAGGCUGCCGUGACCCGCGAAUCCCGAGCCACCGUCACCCUCAUCUCAAAGAUCAACAAGGGGAAUCAGCCUGUGACUCAAAACUUGACUCGAGUCUCGAAAAUCAUCAGACCGGCAAAAUUCACGGAUAGUCUGUUGGCUGUAGAUAUUAGGCGCAAUGGGCAGGUAUUCACGGCUGUUCGCACCUACUACGAAGGUGAUGAUGCUAAGUCUGGACUUAUGGGCUUCUUCCAAACUCCAUCUUUCACUCUGUACUAUCACAAUUCAAAAGGGAAAUGCCGUGCCAGACGAGAGAAGGUUGUUGAUUGGCCCCAACUACUAGGUGAUAAGUCAGUAGAUGAGUUCAAGUCUCUAGAUCCGUUCCAAGUCAUGAGCAUGCGCCCAGAGCCCCAGGGAGCGGAUCCUGAUUUCCUUGCGAAGAAAUGGGGAGGAGCCGCCGACGACACAGAACUGCCCUUGUUUGGCGAAUCAGGCUCCGAGGACGACUUUGAAGAGGAUCCAGUCUUUUGGCGCGAAUGGGAGCAGGAACAAGGCCAUGUCCUUCCGAUUGUGCACCAAAGAUCGAAGAAGAGAUCUGUGAUCACUGCAGAAGAAGUCAACGCCGCUAUUGACGAGGCAAUUACCAACCUGAUUACGAAUUGGCAAGAUAAGCAGCAGCCGAAGAUAGAAAAGACUGCAUAUCGCAUCUGGCGCAAAUCUCACAACCACGGUACAGAGUGGGAAGAUGUUGAGGCUUUUGAAGAGCGUAUUGGGUAUCUGCAGAGCCGUCUAUCCAAGCUGCGCGAGGAGUUUCAUACUCUCCCUUGGUCAAGAUACAGUGAGGUCGUAGGUAAAGCAUAUGUCAUGGAGCCUACGGUCUUUGAGCGCGAAUAUCUCCGAUGGAAAAUCGCUGUGCUUAAGCAAGAUGACGUCCCAGACAAACCUAUGAAGCAAGCCAAAUCUGCUUCCGCCACGGUCAUGGAAUCUGGUGCUGUUGAUAAUAACCAAAAGAAAAAUUCUCUCGACGACGACAGCGAUGGCCUAGGUGAUUUUGUUGUUUCGGAUGACGAAGAUGAAGUCGACGUUCCUGAACACUCCUCGGUAGCUUCCGACGAUGACGACGACGAAGCUGGUUUCAUUGGUUCAGGCACACCAAGAUCUGUCAAAUCGCUGCUUGAGGAUCAGUCCGAGCAAGAUGCGUUGGCCAAUGACCAACCAAAACCAGUGUCUGCUACUUCACAAGUUGAGAGCAGCCAUUCAGAACAAGACCAGCCAUCCGAUAAAGAGCUGGAUCCUAAUCUUGACGAGCUUUUCACGACUGCCAGCAAAUUCAGCACUCCACGCAAGUCGACUAAAUCUGAUGCAAAGCCUAAUGCGUUCAUUGAUUUGACGGCAGACUCUCCACCAAAACAAUCUGAUUCUUCCUCUGGAGUUCUUAUCGAUCUCUGUACCCCAGAGAAGCCAGCAUCAAUGUCACCAGUGAGAUCCAUUCCCAAGAUCAAGAUGAAACCUCUCCGCAGUCCUAGCCCUGGCCCCGUUAAGUCAGCAAUUUAUGGAGAAUUACCUCCGGAUGUCGAUCCUGCCGUUAUAUCACAAUUCUCAUACGGUUUCUAUGAGGCCUUGGGUGACCGGGAGAGACUGUUGGUUCGGAUCUUCCACAAAAUGAAGCAACAUGACAGAGACCGGCAGCUUGAGUUCUUCGCCCACUUUUCCGAUGUCAAACUCUGGGCUAUGAUGAAGUCCACCAUUCAGGAGCAUCUCAAAAGCGAAGGGAGUGUCCAGGGCGAUCCCAACCGUGAAGGCUUCGAUCGGCUCACAAUUCUUGUUCAAAUCUUUUUAAUGUUUAUUGCGUGCAAAUUCUUUCCUUGGAAUGAUGAGCCACUGCCGGAUGCAUCCCUACAUGGUGCUUUGCACAACAAAGAAAAGCAUUACCCGCGAUUCUUCCAGAUUGGAUGCCAAGUAUACCGCUACUUCAAUGACUCUUUCCGUGCUCUGCAGCCGGCUUCACCAUCGCCAGAAAUCAGCCGCAGCAGCACCGUGGGUCUCAUAGUUAGUGAUGACGAUAGCGACGAUGACAGUGACGAGGGACCAAUUAAGCGUCAAACCAGGCGUCCGCGUCGAUCGAGAGAGAUUACGAUCAAUACUACUACAGAUGAUGAUGUACAGGCUGAAGACUCCCUACCUUUAAAGCGUAAGAAGACUAUCUUGGAAGAUGCUGGAGCCCGAUCUCUUCGUGAAAGAAAUCGCGAACGCUUAGCUGAGCAAGAACGUCGUCGUCAAACACUCAAGGCCAAGCUUGCACAGUAUGGUAGCUCUCUCGAUAGAGGCGUGGAAUUUUACCAGAUAAACGAUGCUGCAGCCGAAGGUCAAAAGCCAAUUUUUGUCCAUGAAGACUUCCGCAGAUGCAUCAAACCCCAUCAAAUGAACGGCGUUCGCUUCAUGUGGAACCAGAUUGUCACAACCGACGGCGAAGAAAACAUGCAAGGCUGCCUGCUAGCUCAUACUAUGGGUCUAGGAAAGACUAUGCAAACUAUAUGCCUGCUCGUCGCUAUCGCAGAGGCGGCUGCAUCCCCAGAUGAAUCAAUCUCUUCUCAAAUCCCUGAUAGCCUGAAGCAAACAAAAGCUCUCAUUCUCUGCCCAGCAGGCUUAAUUGAUAAUUGGAUGGAUGAACUUUUAGGCUGGACUCCUCCAGACAUAUUGGGAAAUCUAUGGAAGUUAAACAGUUUUGAUAUAUCUGAGCGCUUAGAUGCAAUUUCAGAGUGGCAUGAAGCUGGGGGAGUUUUGUUAUGCUCUUACGAUGGAUUUCGCAAUAUGCUCACAAAUUCGGCCGGUAAGAAGCAAGGCGCUCGUCUUACCCAAGAAGAACACAUGCGCGUUCAAGACCAGCUUCUGAACGGUCCAAAUAUCGUCAUCGCUGACGAGGCGCAUAAGAUGAAGAACACUUCCUCGAAGCUCACGAAAGUCGCAACUCAAUUUCGCACUCUCUCGAGGAUUGCUCUAACUGGCUCUCCACUUGCCAAUAAUGUUGGGGAGUACUACGCAAUGAUCAACUGGAUCGUUCACAACUACCUUGGUUCCCUGAAGGAAUUCGACCGCAAAUAUAAGAAUCCUAUCGAAGCCGGUCUAUUCGUCGAGAGUACGCAACCUGAGAGACGCACGUGCCUCAAGAAGCUAAAACAACUGAAUGAGGAACUCCGUCUCAAGGUUGACCGUGCCGGUAUGCAAGUGCUGAAAAAUGAGCUACCUCCAAAGGUCGAAUUUGUCUUGACACUGCCGUUGACGGAUAUUCAGCGCAAGGUCUACUCGAUGUACAUCGAGACACUGAAUGCGAGCCGCAACCAACUAACCAAGGAUGGCGAGGUGAAAACUACAACCUUAUGGUCUUGGAUCGCAACCCUGUCGCUGCUGUGUAAUCACCCCUACUGCUUCAGCACCAAGAUUCAAGAGCGGAAGGGAGCCCCUGAAAGUGACAAGGACCGUGGAGAACUUUCUUCGGCUCGUGCUCCUAACGACCAAGACGAUACCACAGUGGCCGAUGUGGUGAACGUGCCUCUUGCCGACACCGGAUUAUCACAAAGCUUUGUCAACGAGGUCAUGGAGCUUUUCAAUAGCGAAGAUUUACACUCAGUUGAGUUAUCUUACAAAGCCUCGAUACUUUGCCAAAUCCUGGACUGCGCUAAAGCUGUUGGAGACAAGACUCUCAUAUUCUCUUCGUCUAUUCCUACCUUGAAUUUCCUGGAGCAACUUUGCAGAACUCAAGGCAGACCCUACAAGCGGCUGGAUGGCAAGACCAACAUCCUCAAGCGUCAAGCCCAAACUAAGGAAUUCAACAAGGGGGUAGACGAAGUCUAUCUUAUCUCUACCACUGCUGGCGGACUUGGGUUGAACCUACAGAGUGCAAAUCGCGUCGUCAUCUUCGAUUUCAAGUUCAAUCCCAUUCAAGAAGAGCAAGCGGUUGGACGCGCAUACCGCAUUGGGCAGCUUAAGCCUACCUUUGUUUAUCGGUUUGUGUGUGGAGGCACUUUCGAGGAUAACAUCCAUAAUAAAACCAUAUUCAAGGCUCAACUCGCUUCAAGGGUCGUCGACAAGAAGAGUCCUUUGGUGGCCGCGAGAAAAUCCCUCGGCGAAUUUCUGCACGAGCCGAAGGAAGUCCCUCAGAAGGACAUUUCUCAUGUCAGAGGACUAGACCCAGUUCUUGACAAGGUUCUGGACCUGAACCCUGGUAUUAUCCGAAAAAUCGUGCAGACUGAUUCGUUUGAGAUUGACGACGAUGAUCGCCUUACUGCUGAGGAGAACAAGGAGGUCUUAGAGCAAAUCAGAAGCGACCAGCUUCAGCGCUUGCAGAUGAUGCCCGUCGAGAUUCCAGCCCCGGUCCUAGCAGUUCAACAAAGUCCUCGUGUUUCGCACAUCACACCCACUCUACCUCAACGAGCUCGGUUCACUCCCCCACAGAGACCUCCUUUCGAGAACUCAACCAGCGGUAGAGCUGGACCAGCGGCCUCACAUUACUUCGAAGGUUACGCACCCAUUAUGGGUGGAUUUACCAGACGCGAAUGA